AUGCGCAAAUCGAUAAUUAGUUUUUGUGUUGUGACUUUAGUGUUGGAAUGUACGCAGGCGGCCUUCAACUGCUCAGCUCCGCCGAACUUUAAUAAUUUUGACAUCAACACCUGCUGUCGAACUCCAGAGCUGGAUAUGGGAGAUGUGCCUCAGAAGUGCGACAAGUAUGUGAGUGGCUUGAAGUCGGCUAAUUCCAAGUAUCCCAGUUAUGCUCAUCUGUGCUAUCCCGAUUGUAUUUAUCGGGAAACAGGAGCUAUGGUCAAUGGCAAAAUCAAUAUGAGCAGGGUUAAGCAGUAUUUGGAGCAACAUGUCCAUAGGCGGGAUCAGGAUAUAGUGACCCAUAUAGUUCACUCCUUUGAGGCCUGCCUGGGCAACGUUAAGAGCCACAUGAAGUCCUCAAACAUCGAGUCCUACAAGGUCCUUCCGCAUGGCUGUUCACCUUUUGCUGGCAUUAUCUAUAGCUGUGUGAAUGCCGAGACCUUCCUCAAGUGUCCCCCGAAAAUGUGGAAGAACGAGCGUCCCUGCAAUCUGGCCAAGGAAUUCGCCGAGCAAUGCAACCCCUUGCCGCAUGUCCCGCUACCCAGCAGCUGA